UGAAAAAAGGAGAAAUAAAAAUAACAGAAGAAAAAAUAGGAGGCAAAGAACAAAAUAGUCCUAAGCCAGAAGAAAUAGAAAAAAGAAAAAAACAGAUUAUUCAAGAAUACCAAACUAAAUUUCAAGAAAUUGCUUCCUCAGUGGCUAAUUUAACUAUCGAGAUUUUAACUAAUUUACAAAAAAAUGGCUAUGUUAUCCAAAAAAUAGAAUGA